GAAGUCGUAUCCAUUAUCUAGCUUUAAUCAAAGGGCUUUAAUUUUUUAAGAACCUACAAAAUGGGCAACGUUCUAGCGGUGUCUUCAGGACGGAGCCAGGUUCUGCCCGUACCAGUGGCUCUUCCUCUGCCCACCGUCGAGUCCUCCACUCUUGCCAAUGAUCUGGAGCUAAAGAAUCCCGGCACCAUUGAGGAGUUGCACAAGAAAUACAAAGACAUACAGGCCAAUACCUUCGAGGGCGCCAAAAUAAUACUGUACAAGGUUCUGAGCAAUCAUUUCCAAGUGUCGCACUCGCUCCACUUGGGCCAGACUGUGCCCAGUGGCUAUCGGUUCUGUGCCACCUAUGUGGGCACUAAGCCGGGCGAUACUACCAUCGCUGAGGGCUUUCCCGUGAUCCUCGGCGACAUUGAUUUGUUGGGGAAUCUCAAUGCCAAUGUCAUCCAUCAGAUUUCGCCACGCUUGCGCUGGAAGCUCACUACCCAAAUCCAGGAUUCCAAAACGGCAGCCACGCAGUUAUCGAUGGAUUAUCGUGGCAGUGACUUCACCACCUCACUGACCAUAGCCAACCCCAGUGUAUUUACGAACUCGGUUAUGAUCGUUGGUCAAUAUCUGCAAUCGAUGACAUCAUCCCUGGCCCUGGGCACCGAGUUGGCCUAUCAGUGCGGACCACAUGUUCCUGGCCGUCAAGUGGCACAGGUCUCUGUUGUCGCUCGCUAUGCGGCAGAGAACUCAGUGUUAUCGGGGACACUGGGACAGAGUGGUCUUCAUGCCUGCUACUACCAAAGGGCAAACGAUGAACUGCAAAUCGGUGUGGAGUUGCAGACCAGCCUGCGUAUGAAGGAUUCGGUGGCCACAUUGGUCUAUCAGCUUGAUUUGCCAAAGGCUGAUCUGGUCUUUAAAGGCGCCAUCGAUUCCAAUUGGCUUAUCUCUGGUGUCCUGGAGAAGCGAUUGAAUCCUUUGCCCUUUACUUUGGUCAUAUGCGGACGCAUUGAUCACGCCAAAAACAACUUUAGACUUGGCUGCGGGCUAAUGAUGGGUUAGAGGUCAUCAAGGAACACUAGCAGUAUCAAGGAUUGCGAUGGCUUCUUUUAAAUUCAGUGUGACGUCCCCUUUCCUUUGUCUGUUUAAACCAUUACAUUAUAAAUAUAUUAUGUAUAUAUUAAUAAACCCUUAAGAAAGAACGUUUUCUUGAAGAAGAGCGUUGCUAAUCUGUAA